UUGUGUUGUUGGAAUAUUGUUAAAAUCGACGUGAAGCAAUAUUCACUCACUACCUGUGCCAAUGUCAGAGUAGUUAUUACAUUAAUGCAUGAUGUUCCUCCAGAUUGGGUGGAAGCAUGAGCUGCCGGGAGACCGAGUUUCAGUGGAAGAACUUUGGUUUCAGCGGAGUUUCCCGGGAAAAGUUCUACUUGUGGCAGUGGCGUGUACCUCCUGUAUUGAUUAUAAUCUACAAGAUUCUGAUUUCUGCCAUCCUGAUAUCUACGUUAUUAUACAACAUCGCGACAUACUAUUCGCCCAUUCCUUGGCUAGCCUUCACCACAUACUGGACGUAUACGCUUCUAACGACGUACCAUGUAGUCCACACCGUCGUCUUGCUGCACCACGCCAUGUCCAGCACGUGCCACACCUGCCUCAGCCGACCAUCUUUUGAAGAACACCAUCGUCACUUCAAGGAACGAGAGGAGAACUCACACCCGACAGAAGAGACUAAUCUAAUUGUUCGAAACCAACAACAGAACGACGAUCUACCGCUGCAUCUGAUAAUACUGUGGAUUGUUUACAGUGUCCUUAACGCAGCAUGCCCAUUUGUUACAUGUGGGUUUUACAUUUUGAUUGCCACACCAGAGAAUGCGUUCCUACCUCGGGAGUUGGUCGUGCAUGCUUUGAAUACAGUUAUCGUCCUUAUUGAUCAAAUGGUUUCUGCAAUUCCAGUACGUCUAUUUCAUUUUACCUUUCCUAUAAUUUAUGGGCUUGUGUACUACCUCUUCAGUAUUCUAUAUUGGAUGGCAGACCACAAGCAUGUGGUGUAUAAGAUAUUAUUGGACUGGAACCACCCUGCAUUACCGUUUGGAAUGCUUUUUGUCACCAGCACCGUGACUGUGACCUUUCACUGUAUUUCGUAUGGUAUCUAUAGGGCCAGAUCGGCCAUUUACAACAGACUGGCGAGAGGCAACUGAUGUUUCUUUCAUCAAGUGCAGCUAUACUACCCAUCAAAAGUUUCGACUCACUUA